CAGUUAUCAUUUAGAUGGUUUCACAAUUUUCAAUAGGUUAUUCACAAAACCGCGAUUUUAGAAAGACGAUCAUGAAGAGCCAAUCAGGAUUGGACCAACUUUGUUUUCACCAUCAGCCUUAUCUCCAGAACAGCAACAGUUACUGCAAGCCAUUGCCGCCCAAUCGGAACCUUUGCUGAAGGCUGUUAUGAAACAAUUAAGAUUAAAAUCUCCAAGAACUCGUAGCCUUGCCUUUGAAUUGUUGGCGAAUUUUGUGAGAACGCUUCCGGGUUCAUUGGCGUCAUUCCUUCCUGGUUUGCUCCCCGGGCUGUCGAGUGCCGUUCUUGAUAAGUCUAGUGGAGCUCCGAUGAAAAUUGACGCGCUUGCUUUAUUGUCCCGGAUAAUGAAGUCUCAUAAUCAUAGUGUGUUUGCUUCACACCUCCAAAGUAUUGUCGAACUUACUAUAUGCGCUAUUCAGGAUAGUUUCUAUAAGGUAUCAGCAGAAGGAUUGGGAGUGGCUGCGCAACUGGUUCCAGUAAUUCGUGACUGUAAUGGCGGUAAAUUGGUCUCAGGCUUAUAUGAUGCAAUUUUUGAAAAACUCAAAAUUAAUGAUAUCGAUCAAGAGGUAAAGGAACGUGCCAUCUACGCUGCCGGCCUAUUUGUUGCGAACUUUGCUGAU